GCUAUCGCCGAUCUAUAGUGACGUCACCUGUAGGUGUGGUUUUGAACCUUUAAUUUGGGACAGCUGAACGUGAAAUAAAAUGGGGGAAUGAAUAAAAUGAAUAAUAAUAAAUAAAACCACUAAAUAUCAAUAAUAAAUGCAAUAAAACAAUAUUCAUUAAUAACAAUACGAAAACAAAAAAUAAAUUAAAAUAGGUUAUAAAUAUACUGAAAAUGUAUAUGAUUUCAUAACAAUACAAUAAAUAAAUGAAAUGAAAUGAAAAGUUAAAAAUACGAUGAAUAUAGUUUAAAAAAGUAAAAAAUAUAUAGAUUUAUAUAAAAUGUAAUUUAUGUAAAAAAUGGCCCCGAGCCUCUUCCCUCAAAACCAAAGAAUAUACCAUAGAAAAUACAGGAACUAUAAUAAAUAAUAACACUUAUAAUUUAAAACAGAUAAUAACAAAUACAUUUGAACAAAUUGCAAAGAAUAAUAAAAAAUACUAAUACAAUAAAUCAAAUUAAAAAACAUUAAAAAAAUAAUAAUAUAAAUUUAAAAAUCCGUGAAAUAUAGUAACAUACAUAUUAAUAUUAAUGAUGGGGUUAAAGCAACACUUUCAAAUGUGCUUUGUAGCCACGAAUAAACUUCAAAUGUCAGCAGAUGAUGGCAAUAACGAUAAUCAAAAGGCACGUCUUUUAUUAUUGUAGGUUAUAACUAUCCCACUGGGUGGCGAUAUUGUCAAAUAAACCCAGCGUAGCAACAACAGGAAGUGAUGGAUGUUUGUUUCUUUAAACCUUUUCUGUAAUGAACUCAGUUUGUGUUUUCAUGUAAACCUUUUAAAAUAUCACAUGUACAGAAAACCCAUAGAAAUAACAAAUAUAAAAUACAGUUUGACGAAAUGACACGGAUGCUGCAUUAAAGUGCUGUCGGUAAUCUAGAAAUCAAGAGUAUUGUUAAGUAAGGUUGUAUAAAACGAUACAUAAACUGUGUAAACACAACACAAGAUUAGGGUGGAAAUCCCUGCCAACACCUGAUCUAAAUAAAAAUAACAAAUACAAUAUCAUUUAUAAUUGUAUUGUUUUGCACUUAAAAGUAGGUAUUUUGGUUCUUUGCCCAUCGAAGAAUGGAAUUCCGGACUUUCCAGUGAGUCCAUGAACGCAACGAGUUCAACAUGGCGGCCCAGCGGAGGAAUUUGAUGCAAAGCCAUCAGAGCUGGACGGACGACCUGCCGCUGUGUGAGAUGUGCGGCGUCGGCACGGCAACCAACUGCGUGUACGGCUCGGACGGGAAGGGAAGUCAGAGCCACCCCAACGAGGACGGACACCUGCGCUUCAGAGGCGAGGACGGCUGCUUCCUGUACGGCGUAUUUAACGGUUACGACGGCAGCCGAGUGGCCAGCUACGCCUCUCAGUGUCUGACGGCUGAGCUGCUGCUGGGUCAGCUCAACUCCACACACUCGGACAGCGACGUGCGCAGGAUCAUCACAGAGGCCUUCGACGUGGUGGAGAAGAGCUACUUUGAGACGAUAGACGACGCUCUGGCCGAGAAAGCUAACCUGUCGUCCAACUACCUGCCGCCACACAACGAGAACUUGUCGUUCCACCAGCUCUCCUCUCAGGGUCAGAAGGUUCAGGAGCGUCUGAAGGAGUUGGAGCUGGAGGUUUCAGGAGGAGCAACAGCUGUGGUGGCUCUGAUCCACAACAACAAGCUGUACAUCGCCAGUGUUGGUACUAACCGGGCUCUGCUGUGCAAGUCGAGCAGCGACGGGCAGAACCAGGUCCUGCAGAUCGGCCGACCUCACAGCACCGACAACGAGGAGGAGCUGCAGAGACUCGCUGCCCUGGGUGUGGAUCCGGCCCGGGUGAGGCAGGCAGGGCAGAUCUCCGGUCAGAGCAGCACCCGGAGACUCGGAGAUUACAGAGUCAAAUUCAACUACAACGAGAUCGACCUGCUCAGUGCGGCGAAGGGGAUGCCGGUGAUCUCUGAGCCGGAGAUCCACGGCAGUCAGUCUCUGGAGAGCGUGACGGGCUUCCUGCUGCUGAUGUCUGAAGGACUCAUCAACGCCCUGGAGUCUGCACACGGCCCAGAACAGGCCAACCAGGAGAUCGUGGCGAUGGUGGCGGCGGAGCUGGCGCUGCAGAGUGGUCUGGAGGCGGUGGCUCAGUCGGUGGUGGAGCGAAUCAAACGUCUCCAUCACGACGUGUACGUGUCCGGCCGACAGAGGGCCACUUACUGCAGCCGACACGAGGACAUGACGCUGCUGAUCCGAACGUUCAACUACCCGCUGGCAGAGGGAGGAGCCACCCCCACUCAGGGCGGCCGCAUCUACCCGGUGUCGGUGCCCUACUCCAACAGUCAGAGCACCAGUAAAACCAGCGUCACCCUUUCACUGGUCAUGCCCUCCCAGAAUACUCUCACCAAUGGCACCAACACCGCCUCUACGCUGGAGGAGGGCACCCCCACUCCUGGCAGUCAGAGCCCCACAGCCACCCUGCAGUCCACCAACACCCAGACCCAGAGCUCCAGCUCCAGCUCCGGAGACGGCAGCCUCUUCCGGCAGAGAGGGAGUCAGGCGGCUCAGCCCGACGAGACGGGGAGGGUCCCGCCGUACGUCGACUUCACCCAGUUCUACCGGCUGUGGGGGAGCGACCACAGCGAGGGAGGACUGGGACCCCAGUGAGGAGGAGGAGGAGACAUGGAUUGUAAAACAGACUAUGAUUUUAAAGAUAGGGUUGGGAUGAGCGACGAAAUGCUUUUAAUGUCUAAAAAAUAAGAGCUUUUCAUUCUGGCCCCAAACGGACAGCUGCAGGGAUGUGGUCGUCCUUCGUUGUCUCAUUAGGACAUUUAUUUUAGGCUUCUAACCAAAAAACACAUCCAGAAAACCAUUGACUUUGUGAUUAACGAACCGACAUGAUAAGAUGCUGACUCACUUCCAGGCUUUGGGACUCAUUCCUGCACCGCUCCAUCAGUUACCAACAUGCAUUUUAGACAUUUUUGGACCAUUUUAGGAGAUUUCAUGUGUAGAUCCGGUUGAUGCCCGGAGCCGUCACUGGUUGAGCAGUGAGGAGGACUCGGAGGACUCGAGAGAACCAGAUGCAAAGACUUGGCUUUCUGGCCCAUGGAUUGAGGUGCAUUGGGACACAUGGAGGAAGGUGUCGCUAUAUCAAACCAGUGGGCCAAUAAUCAGCAUCAGACUGGGAAGAACUGGUGUCUAAAAGAUGUUUCUAGAUGCUGGUUUUGAGUGAUUGUUAAUUGUUGUUUAUGUACUCCAGAUUGUAAUCAGAUUACACAAUGUAAGGCCUUAUAAGGACUCGACGGAUGUGUUUUCAAAAGGGCUUUUUCUUUUGUAAUGAAAGAUAGCCUCGUCGUUAUGGUAACCUUCGGUCUGAGGAGGGGUCACCUGUAUGUUUUAAUAAUAGUUUUAUCCUGAAUGACGGAGAGAAGUGUCUCUUUAAUUGUGUAUCGCAUUAAAGAAGAGUCAUGCCUGGA